AUGCCCAUCUGGGUCAAGUCUCAGGCUAUUGAUGCAUUACUGGUAUUAUACAUGACUCUGUCAUCUGCUCGGCCCGCCUCGAAAGUGCUUUAUGUUUCCCAAUUUGGCCUCGAGGCGAAGAAGCGGGGCAAGCCGCGGGAAUGCGUCAUCCUGUGGGAUCGCCCCAAGAGUCUCCCUGGGGAGCACCGUCUUAUCUUUUAUCCUGUUUGA